CAAUAAAAACAAAACAAAUACCUUGAAUUAGCAUCAGAGGCUAAUCACUGAGCAUUGCCUACCAUCACAAAGUUGUUCUGCUUGGUCUGUUGCCUAGCAACCAAUGUUGAAAUGUAACAGAGCAAGAGUUCUGAAGCAGCAGUGUGGAGUAACAUGGCAAUAAAGUCCAGGCACCAAGCACCCAGUUGCUAAGUAACGGUAUUAAACAAGGGGAGCCUUGGCUUUAGGGUGAGAAGCUUCGGGUUGAAUGGCCAGUUCACAGGACCUAAAGCUGUGGGUGUGUUUCUUCACUAAAGACAAUCUCGUUGCUUGAUUUACGUAAACUCAGAAAAAAAGAAGAUAAAAUAUGUACCAUGCCCAAAGGGAAGGGAGCCAAAGGGACAAAGCUGACACUCAAGAUUGCCAAAAAGGCAAUACGAAUGACCCCAGAUGGACGGCGCAGACUCACCCUUAGCAACAUGGGUAUAACCAUCUUCCCAAAGUGUCUCCUAAAACUUACCAACCUGGACGAGUUGGACCUCAGCCGAAACCUGAUACAGAAUCUCCCAGAUAACAUUGGGAACUUCUCGUCAUUGAGAUGGCUGGAUCUACACAGUAACAAGCUGGAGUCUGUGCCCCAGUCCAUCGGCAACCUGGUGGGACUGACCCACCUCAACCUCUCAAACAACCGCCUAAUCUCUGCAGGUUUACCCUCCACAUUAGGCUUGCUCACCAGCCUAAAGACUCUCUAUCUGGGGAUGAACCAGCUGGACACCCUGCCUUCCACUAUGAUGGCUCUAGAUAAUCUCCAAGAGUUAGGUCUGUUUGAUAACCUCUUCAUCAAUCCACCAGAGUUUUUGAAAGUCCUAUGCAACCUCACAAAGGUGAACAUGAAACGGAAUCCUCUAUCGUAUGUUCAGGGGGGUGGUGAGGGGAGGCAGAAGGAAAAAUCUGAACGAGAGGAAAAUGUGUACCUCGUCCAUGAGAGCAGCCUGUGUAGGACAUGCCUUAAGAGGUGUAAAGAGCAAAGGACAGGGAUUCCUAAAGGAGGAGGAGGUGGUGGUGACGCGUUUGAAGAGAAAAGGAUAAGGACUUAUGAAGGACUGAUAGUGCCAAACUCAGUGGCUACAAUCAAUCAAGAUGUGUGGAGAAUAAGAAAGAUGGAGCACACAAACCACCAGACAGCAUCGCAAAAGUCAUCUUAAACUAUUUAACAAAUGUAAAAAAUGUCAGUUUUAGGCAACUCUAAAAACUUUAAGAAGAUUUGCAUAUCUUAGUAUGUCACAAGUAUAUUUUGAUUUAUUUUCGGUUUCAAUUGAGAAAUAAAAAGAGUGUUUACAUGUUUCUGUCUCAAAAUGUGCUGUUGGAAGACUGUGACUAACUGUGGAGUCUUACCUGGCAUUAGCAAUGACCUCAGCAACCCCUCGACCUUUUAAUGCUGACACUACCAUGCACAAACUUUAGGGAGAAAGAGAGAGGAAAGAAUGACAAUCAAUCAUGUUGCUGAAA